AUGUACGCCUCCUCCGCUAUCCGUGCCCGUCUGGCCACCGCCGCUGCCCGUCGUGGCUUCUCUACCACCCGCACUCAGUUCGGUAGCCCUUACCACUACGCUGAGGGACCUCGCACCAACAUCCCCUUCAACCCCCUGACCAAGCACUUCUUCUGGCGCUACUGGGCCUUCAUGACUGUCGGUUUCGGUUCCCCCUUCGCCAUUGCCGUCUGGCAAACCUACAAGACCAAAUAA